UGAGAACCACUAUCACGCGUGCGCAGUUGUUCGCAGAUCGUCGUUCUACAGGCGGAACUCAAAACAUUAAUAACUUUUUAACGAAGCCUCGAUCAACAAAUUGGUAUUCUUGAUUUUUGUCUUAUUUUGACCUCCAGAAUCUCCCAUUAAAAUUUUUUCCAGGUGUGGCCGAACACCCUGUAUGUAUUUAAUGAGCCAACGAUAUAAUUUGUGUAAUAGGGUAAAUAUCCAAUUACUGUCAUCUGACCGACCAAUUCUAACAAUAAACAAAUUUAAAAGACUAUGUAGAAUGCUUUUGUUUAAUAGAUUAUUUCCUGCGACCUGUUGCUGUUACAGACAAUUUAAGUUAAAGAUAAAAUGUAGGUACGUAAAAUUGUGUACAUGUAACUGCAACAGGAACUUAUUGGUAGAUGAUAUUCAACAUAUAUUAAUAAAUACGAUCAAAUAUUGUUAGUUACUUUUAAAGGCUUUAAUUCGUGAAAUAAUCUUUUAACGGAUAUUCUUUUGUCAGGUUCUCGACCAUUUAUAACAUUUUGUUUUAUUUCGGUUUAUUUGGUGGUUAACGAACAAGAAGUUUGAUCAUGUGAUGAACUGUUUAUUUACGUCCACUGUAUCUUUAUUUUGAACGAAUAAUAUGUUUAUUUUGAACAAAUCGUACAAUGUCAUAACGAAUAUAAUAGCCUGUUUCAGAAAUUAUUCAAAUUUAAAUGAAUUUCACCUAUACAUGCUUGUAUGUACGAUGUAAGAACAUGUACUUACAUGUGUGUCGUAUUUUUUGUCUAUUGACAUUUAACACUUAAUGUAAGAUUUCAUAUUACUUAUAUCUUAAAAACGAAUUUAGUUUGCAAAUUAGUAAAAGAUUCUUUAAUUUGUUUUGGCACAAAGAAUUUUCAUGUUUCAGUCUGUCCUAUCUUUUAAGAAUCUUGUACAUACAUACAUCACCGUAGAGGCAACUUCAUGCUAUUCACUAUGAGUCUUCUCUAAAGUUUCCGAAUUAUGGAUCUUUAUUGCAAUUGUAUGUAGAAAAAAUGAGAUUAAUAAUCGAGUGACCCGAAUUAUAUUACAUUCGAGGGAAUAAAGCAGAUAUACGGUUGAAUAUAAUAUGGCACUUAAAAUGAAUUUAACAGUCAAUUGUGUUUGUUUAAUUCAUGAUGAUACAAUACACUUUCGCAAAGUCAUUGACAAACAUACGAACGCAGUUUGUUAUAAACAAUUUGUUGAAAUUAUUGAUGAUUCGAAUUUGUAAAUUCAUAGUAGCGCGGAAAAUCCGCGACAAUCAAGAUUAUAGCAUAUGACUUUUGAUAUAAUUUUGUAUUAAUCGUUACUAAUUAACAACUUUAAGACUAACAUAUUUCAAACACAUGGAAACAGUGAUAAUUUUUUACGAACGUAACAACACGACGAGAAAUGCAAAUGCAAAUACCUUUAGGUUUAAUGCAAAAUGAGAAAACCAAUUCAUCUUGGUCAAGGAAGGAAAGGCAGAAAUGGUUCUUAUCUUUAUUAUGUGGCACUUGUCUAAUAUAUGCUACAAGAACAUGUGUUCCUUUAUUGAUGCCAAUUAUAAGUAAAGAGAAACAAUGGUCCAAACCAGAUUCCGGAGUAAUAUUAUCUAGUUUUUUCUGGGGUUAUGCGCUAACACAAGUUGCUAGUGGUUAUAUUAGCGAUAGGAUCGGAGGACAAAAAGUAUUAUUGAUAUCAGCCUUUGGAUGGUCUAUGACGACAUUCUUUAUGCCAGAAAUUAUAGAGCUCUUUUCAAACAGUGAUACGUCUCUAUUAUUAGUAGCCACAGUAAGAACAAUAAAUGGAGCAUUUCAAGGAAUGCAUUUUCCUAGUAUGAUUAGUUUGAUAAGUCAACGAUUGCAUGAAACAGAAAGAGCCUCAUUCUUUAGUUUAUUGACAUCAGGAUCUGCUCUUGGUACAUUACUCACAGGAUCUUUAGGUUCCUACCUAUUGGAAAAUUAUAAUUGGAUGACAGUUUUUCAAACUUUAGGCGGUUUGAGUUUGAUGUGGACACUCUUCUUAAGCUACCAUACUCUCCCAUUUAAGGAAAGAGCAGCCUCUACUAAAUUAACUACUAACUAUACUUUACCUUGGUUGAAGCUCCUGAAAAAGCCUCCAUUCUGGUCAUGUGUAAUAGGCCAUGCUUGUCAAAAUAAUUGUUUUUUUGUAUUGUUAUCAUGGAUGCCAACAUAUUUUCAUGAUACAUUUCCUGAAGUAAAGAGCUGGGUUGUAAAUAUGUUACCAUGGUUGUCAAUGUUACCUUGUACAGUUCUGGGCAAAGCUCUUUCUGAGAAAAUAAUAAAAGCAGGGUAUUCUGUCACAGUGACACGUAAAAUAAUUGAAACAAUAUGUUUUGUUACUGAAAUAAUAAGUCUACUAUUCCUAGCAAAAGUGGAAACAUUUCAAAGUGCAAUAAUUUGCCUUGCAUUUAUAAUUGGCGGAUCAGGUUUCCAUAAUAAUGCAAUUGCUGUAAAUCCUUCAGACCUUGCACCAAAACAUUCUGGCAGUGUAUUUGGAUUAAUGAAUACUGUUGGUGCUAUACCUGGAUUCCUUGGAGUGUACUUUGCAGGGCAUAUUCUACAUGUAACACACAGCUGGCCUGUUAUUUUUAUAUUUAUUGCUGUAAUUGACACAAUAGGAUGCAUAAUAUAUUUACUAUUUGGUUCUGGUCAAGCAAUUAUAUAA